CCUUUUUUGGUAAGACUCAUUUAAUCAUAAAUAAGCUUGGUUAGGAUCAACAACUUUUUUUGAACCAAGAAAUUUUUUCUUAAUAAUGACUUCCUCCCCACCUAAUAAUGAUUCUACUAAAAUUGUCGAAAAAAACAUUGAAUCGACAACAGAUAUUACGUUAGGUACAACCAAGACUGACGACGAGAAUAAGAAUAAUGAUUCUAACGUAGUUGUUCAAGUAGAAACCUUUGAAACUCCAGAGAAUGAAUUUGAAGAUAAUUCUAAAGUACCACAUUUAUCAUAUUGGAAAAUUUUCGUCUUAUUUCUUGAUUUUGGAAUUCAUGCUUGGGGAGGACCCGUUGCUCAAAUUGCUCUUAUUAAAGAAAGAUUGGUUACAAAACGUCAAUGGAUAACUCAUGCAAGAUUUAAUAGAGUCUAUGGUGUUUAUCAAAUUUUACCAGGACCUGAAGCGACAGAAUUAUGCAUGUUUUUUGGCUUUCUUGCAGGAAGAGGACGAUUAGGCGGAUUACUUGGUGGAUUAGGAUUUAUCUUACCCGGAUUUAUAUUAAUAUUAUUAUUCUCUUUUAUAUAUGUUAAAGUAGGAUUAGAUAAUAUUUAUUUUAAUGCAUCAUUUCGUGCUUUACAGCCUAUUGUAGCCGCAAUGGUAUUAAGAGCUGUUCAUAAAAUUGGAGAGCAUUCAUUUGUAUCCCAUAAAAAUAAUCAAUUUAAUAAGUGGUUAUUUGGUUUAGCCAUCAUAUCUGCCAUACAAACUGCAGUGAAUUUGAAUUUUCUUAUUACGUUAGCUGUAUGUGGUAUAGCAUUUAUGUUUAUAGAUAGGAAAAUGUAUUGGUUCGGAUUAUCAGUUUUUGUGUUGGAAUUUAUCGGAUUUGGAAUUUAUGUUGGACUUAAGAAAGGAAUUCCGUCACCUACGUCAAUAGGAAUUGGAGUAGCAAAAGAAACCGAUCCUGGACAUAUAUUUGCUUUAGGUCUACUUGCGGGAAGCUUAUCUUUUGGAGGAGCAUACACAACUAUACCCUUCUUGCAAGUAGAAGCCGUUAGUAUUGGAAAAUGGAUGGCAAAACAAGUUUUUCUUGAUGCGAUUGCUAUUGGUCAGAUCUUACCCUCACCACUAGUUAUGUUUUCUACUUUCAUAGGAUACUAUGGAGGUUAUGUAUUUGGAGGACAUGGAUGGGCAUUUUUGGAAGCUUUAUUAAUUACAAUAGGAAUUUUUACACCAUGCUUUUUCUUUACAAUAAUGGGACAUCAUAUUCUUGAAAAAUUAGUACGUAAUAAAUUUCUUGCAGCAUUUUUUGAUGGUAUUACAGGUAGCGUAGUAGGUAUAAUUGCUGUAACGGCAUUAGAUUUAUUAAAAUUUUCUAUUUCUAAUGUUGCAAUAUUAAAAAAGUUAUCACCUGAUAAAUUAACUCUGGUUGCUGCUCAACAUAGUUCUGUAGCAGCUGUUUUGUACGUUUUAUCAUUAGCAGCUUUAUAUAGUUUUAGAAGAUCUCAAACAUCUUUGUUAUUAGUAAUAUUUGGUGCUAUUGCUGGACAAUUUUUAUUUGUUGUUACAGAUGAUAUUUAAAGUGAAUGCAUUUUCAUUCAUAAUAUAGAGCUUAUUAAAUGUAAUUUUCUACGGUCAGUGAUGACACGAUUGCUUUAAUAUUAAAAUUUUAUAAUUUUACAAGAAUCUUUUCAAUUUGACAUUCACCAUCUGC